CUAAUCAUCGGAGUUUCCCCUGGAAAACAAGCUUCGAUUCCAGGCCGCAAGAAGAGAUGAAAUCCCCAGGCUAACUGAAAACAUAAUCUAUGCUGUGCUUGAAACAUGAGGUUCCGAGCAAAGCUGCUGGAUAUUACCUGUAUUGACCAUUUGUCACGUGUUGUGUCGACCUUAGCAAGAAGUGUCAAGGCAUGUGUUCUUCGACUCUCCUCAGAUAAAGUGUGCUUUGUUAUAUCUGGGGGACGAGGUCCAGUAGGCGGAGCCAAUAUUUGGUGUGAGCUUUCUCAAAGCAACGUGUUUGAUGAGUACCGUAUUGAAGGCAAAGAUGAAAGCAAUGAGAUCUACCUGGAGCUGAAUAUAGAGCAACUAAGCAGAGCCCUCAAAUCAGCUCUCACUGCUCAGGUGCUGAAGAUAAAAUUGACCAAAAAGCAGGGACCUUGUCUAACACUGGAGAUCUUAUUGCCAACAAUGACUGGUGCUCAUCGAACAGUGGUACAUGAUAUACCCGUUGCCGUGGUACCAGUAAGAUUAUGGCCAGAUUACCAGGAGCCAGACAUGCCAGAAAUUGAUGUUAGUAUUUAUCUUCCUCCUCUGAAGCUGCUGAAGAAUAUAGUGGACAGAAUGAAGACAAUGAGCAACUUUGUGACUAUUUCCGCAAACAUGAAUGGAGAACUGAACAUAAAACUACAAACAGACUCAGUAACAGUCACAACAUACUUUAAGGACCUGCAAAACCAUCAUUUUCAAGAUACAUCAAUGAGUGAGAGCAGAGACAAUGACUUGACAAUGUGUGAGGCACGCGUGGAUAUUAGAAAGUUUAGCCAGUUUGUCCAAGGACAAUUUGUCCCAACCAAAGUCAUAUGUAAUGUGAUUGAUGGACGUGGUCUACAAAUAUUCCUUCUUCAUGAGGAUGUUUCACUCCAGUACUAUAUACCUGCUGUUUCCACAUAACUCUUUAUAACUAUCACUGUAUAUGUAUUCCCGGACUACUGCAAAAUUCAUACAAUC